GCUGCAGGAGGAACGCUCGGCGUGAGAGAUGCAGGAGGGAUACUCUGUUGCAAAGAGCAGGGAGCAGAGAUGGAUAAGAUACUGGAAGCUGUAGUGAUGUCCUCUUACCCCAACAACGUGAAGCAAGGGCUCGUGAGGCGCGUCAUUGAGGCAGCGAAGCAGCCCAUGGACAGCGAGCAGUGCUGGUCCAUGCUGGAGCUGUCCACCAAGCUUUAUCUCACCGGGGACACCAAGUAUAAAAGAGAGAUUGGGAAAGAGGUCUUGGAGGUCUAUGGCCACUAUCACCCAGAGGAAUUUGAGGAGUUCUUCAACGUCCGCUUCCUGCUGAGUCUCCUCCAGGAAGGCUAUGGACCUCUGGGGAAGAGAAGCCAUUAUGUACUUGAUUAUAUCCAGCUAGGACUGCAGUUUGUCCUGGAGAGCCCAUCAGCAAACAGCAUCUUCAGCUUAUUGAGGAUUGAGGUGCUCCGGAAAGUCUGCGAGAGGCCCAGCCCCAAGCAGUGUGCGAAGAUCAGCAAACUCUUAAUGCAGCAUCCUCAGUGCAUUCCCACGGGAAAACACCAGCUCUUGUUCUGUCAGCAGCUGAUCCGGUGUAUCGGGCAGUUCCAGUGUGUCUCCGAGGGGGAAGAGGAGAUCAUGGAGUUUUUGGAGCAGGUGAACAAAGUGAGUGGUCUGCUGCAGAGGAUCUGGAGGACUCAGACCUCAGCCAUCCUGCCUUCUUUGAAAGAACUGUUCACUAUCAUUUCUUCAACAGAGGAACAGGAAGCGCCCUCCAAUGCCUUGGCCAGCGUGGUUCAGUUUGUCCCUCUGGAGCUCAUGGAUGGUGUCAUAAGAAACCUCACCAAUGAUGACAGCAUUACUGAUAUGCAAAUGAUGAUGGCCAUUGGCAGGAUGAUUGACUGGGUGUCCUGGCCUCUGGGAAAGAACAUAGACAAGUGGAUCAUUGCUCUGCUGAAGGGUUUGGCUGCAGUGAAAAAGUUCAGCAUCUUGAUUGAAGUCACUCUUUCAAAAAUAGAAAAGGUCUUCUCCAAGCUGCUGUACCCCAUAGUGAGGGAGGGGGCUUUGUCUGUUCUGCAGUACAUGCUGCUGAGCUUCCAGCACUCCCAUGAAGCAUUUCACUUGCUACUCCCUCACAUCCCCAGGCUGGUGGCCUCUUUGAAGAAGGAGGACUCCAAUUCUGCAACCAGCUCCCUGGAGCAGCUGGCUGAGCUCAUCCACUGCAUGUUCUUCCGCUUCUCAGGAUUCCCAGACCUCUAUGAACCAGUCCUAGAAGCAGUUAAAGCUCUCCCAAUUCCAAAUGAAGACCGGAUUAAACACCUCUUGGGACAAAAUGCUUGGACCUCCCAGAAGAACGAGCUGGCCUGCUUCUACCCACGCCUGGCAUCUAAAUCAGAGACGGGAAAGAUUGGGUUAAUUAACUUGGGAAACACCUGCUACAUGAACAGCAUCAUACAGUCUCUCUUCAUGGCUUCAGACUUUCGGCAUUCAGUGUUGAAUUUAACUGAGGGCAACUCCCAGCCCCUGAUGACAAAGCUCCAGUGGCUCUUUGCAUUUUUGGAGCACAGUCAGCGACCUGCCAUCUCCCCUGAGAGCUUCCUCUCUGCUUCCUGGCCACCCUGGUUCACCCCUGGAGCUCAGCAGGACUGCUCAGAGUACCUCAAGUAUUUGCUGGACCGAUUGCAUGAAGAAGAAAAAACUGGAAAAAGGAUCUACCAGAAACUCAAGGAAUCCAGCUUGAUGUCUCAGGCGAUAGAGCAUCAUUGCUUAAACAAGACACUGAUUGAGAAGAUGUUUGGGGGUAAAAUGAUGACAAAGAUCCGCUGCUUGAAGUGCCUGAAUGUUUCCUCCCGAGAAGAAGCCUUCACAGACCUGUCUCUGGCUUUUCCUCCAUUGGAUAGGAAUGUGCAUGGCAGCACAUCUGUUCGACCAGUGGAAGAAAUUGGCCCACAGUUCAUUAAGCCUUCAGAAAAUGCAGGCCAGCUUAUGGGCUCUCCCUGGGUCCAGAGGAAGGCCCCUAUGGCCAGUGACCCUGUGGCCCCAUCAGUGUUGGUGGAAACACUAGGUUUGCAGGAACCAGGAGAAGCAGCAAAUCCCAUAUGUGGCAAUGAUGUUGGGGUGGAUGUACCCAAAGACCCUCUCUUGACUUUUGGGGAGCAGGAAUGUGUUCCCAAAGACUCCAGAUCUGUCCCAGAUUUAAUCAACUAUUUUCUAUCCCCAGAGAGACUGACAGCAGAGAAUAAAUACCACUGUGAGAAAUGUGCAUCUUUGCAGGAUGCCGAGAAGGUGGCAGAGCUGACAGAGGGUCCACACUACCUCAUCCUCACACUGCUGCGGUUUUCCUUUGACCCACGGACUAUGAAGAGGAAGAAGAUCUUGGACAAUGUCUCCAUCCCUGUGGUGCUGAAGCUACCCAUCCUUGUUGCUCCAGAGGAAACUGAGGAGGUUUGCCAGCGUGGGAAGGAUGGUGCUGUCCCAGGGAGUGGCUUCAUGACUGUAGUGUAUGACCUCUGCAGUGUGGUGGUGCAUUCAGGCAUUUCCUCUGAGAGUGGCCACUACUACUGCUACUCCAGGGAGUGCACUGACACCAUCCCCCACGGGCAUCCCCAGGAUGGGGUGCCAAAAUCAGCCUCUGACAAACAGUUGGACCUUGAAAUCCAGUGGUACCUCUUCAAUGACACCAGAGUUUCCUUCUCCUCCUUCGAGUCGGUCAGCAACGUCACCUCGUUCUUCCCCAAAGACACUGCCUAUGUGCUCUUCUACCGGCAGCGGCCGAGCCAGCAGAGCUGCCUGCUGCACGAGGCUCUGGCUGAGGCUGGCCACCUGCGUGGUGAACCCUCCCUCCACAAGGACUUGAUGGAAGCCAUUUCCAAAGAUAACAUUCUCUUCUUGCAGGAGCAGGAAAAAGAAGCGAGGAACAGAGCCGCCUAUAUUUCUGCCUUGCCAAAAUCCCCACUGUGGUGGAGAGACUUGGACAGAGACAAGGAUGAUGACAGCUCAUCUGGGGGCUGCAGCCCAGCAGCGGGCGGGGGCGGAUCCGGCUCCUUCCAUGGACUUGUCUUUUAG